AUGUUAUUGCAGAGCUCGUUCCCAGGACCUGUUCGUGUUGUAUUUGUGCUCAAACCAGAAAGUGUGCUGCAGAGAGCUCUCGAAGUGGGAUAUCGUGGAAUUGCUGAGAAUUGCAAAUUCAAGAGCUCGUUCCCAGGACCUGUUCGUGUUGUAUUUGUGCUCAAACCAGAAAGUGUGCUGCAAAGAGCUCUCGAAGUGGGAUAUCGUGGAAUUGCUGAGAAUUGCAAAUUUAAGGUUAUUCAGGAUGACAUCUAA